CCCCGAGCAAGCCCCCGCUGGCCGGCAGGGGGCGGAGAGGAGGCGACAGGCUGAGCCGCUGGGAAGAACCCCAAACCUUGGCUUUCCCCUAGGGUUGAGGGCUGGGAGGGAGCUGGCUUCAAUCCAAGACAGGCUGGUGCAGUCAGAUGAACUGUAAAUUCCAGCCUGCCCCUCGCCCACAAAAACCUGGAGAUGGUGAAGGUUACAGUGUGAGAACCCACCUCGCCGCAGGGCUGGUGUUGUCUACAGCGGAGACUCAGCCGAAGAUCCCAAAUGUGGUACCUUUUCAAGAUGUUGUCUUUCAUCCUAAUUUUUGGAACCACUCACGGUACCUUUCAGAAUCGAAGACCUGUGAACCCUGAAGCAAAUAUGAAUAUUAGCCAAAUCAUUUCCUACUGGGGCUACCCAGAUGAAGAGUAUGACAUUACAACUGAAGAUGGUUAUAUCCUUGGCCUUUAUAGAAUUCCUUAUGGGAAGACAAACAGUGAUAACAGUUCAGCUCAGAGGCUUGUUGUAUACUUGCAACAUGGUUUGCUCACAUCUGCCAGCAGCUGGAUUUCCAAUCUUCCUAACAGUAGCCUAGGCUUCCUUCUGGCAGAUGCCGGUUAUGAUGUGUGGAUGGGGAACAGCAGAGGGACUACCUGGUCCAGGAAACACUUGUACCUAGAAACAAAUUCCAAAGAAUUCUGGGCUUUCAGUUUUGAUGAGAUGGCUAAAUAUGACCUUCCAGCCUCCAUUGAUUUCAUUGUGAAGCAAACGCAACAAGAGGAAAUAUUUUAUGUUGGCCAUUCACAAGGCACUACCAUUGCCUUCGUAACAUUUUCCACAAUACCGAAGAUAGCUGAAAGAAUCAAAAUCUUUUUUGCCUUAGCGCCAGUUUUUUCCAUUAAAUACUCAAAAAGCCCUUUAAUUAAAAUGGCAUACAAUUGGAAGUCGGUGAUCAAGGCUUUUUCUGGCAACAAAGACUUCCUACCUAUUACCUCAUUUAAAAGAUUUGUUGGCUCUCAGCUGUGUCCACUAAAGAUUUUUGGUAAAAUUUGUCGUGAUAUCUUAUUUAUGAUAUCUGGAUAUGACCAGAAGAACUUAAAUAUGAGCCGUAUGGAUGUCUAUAUGUCACAUAACCCAGCAGGAACAUCUGUUCAAAAUAUGCUCCACUGGAGUCAGCUUUUAAAUUCUAGUCACUUGAAAGCUUUUGACUGGGGCAGUCCUGUUCUGAACUUGGUUCAUUUUAAUCAGACAACUUCCCCGUUGUACAAUGUGGCAAACAUGAAUGUGUCCACUGCAACUUGGAGUGGUGAAAGUGACUUGCUGGCUGAUCCUGAAGAUGUUAACAUUUUACUUCCUGAAAUCAGAAACCAUAUUUACCAUAAAACUAUUUCUUACUAUAAUCACAUAGAUUUUUUGUUUGGAUUAGAUGUAUAUCAUCAAGUUUACCAUGAAAUCAUUGACAUUAUCCAAGGCAAUCUGUAAAGAACCAUGAUACUCUGUGUUGAAGGAUCUAUAUAAUUUUUAUUAAAAUCCAAUUUUUUUCUUACUUUGUAUAUUUUCCAGCUAUUUAAAUAAAGUCUGGAUUUUUUUUCUUUCUUUCUUUUUAUUUUUUUUUAUUUUUUAUUUUUUUUGCAUUGCCCCUAGGCUUUUAAUUCAUUAAAUCAGUGGCAUUUAUUAUAUCAGGGGUAAUGGAAGAUUAUAACUCAGCCAAAGCAGUCUGUAAAGUUUCUAAAUAGAAUACAAAUAACUAAAAACUGAAAAAAUAAUCUUAAACAUUUUCAAUUGCAAGAGAUGGCUUUUUGAGGAAAAGUUUUUAUUUUCUUCAAAGAAGCAUGAGCAUAUAUGACAUCCUAAAAAAUAGAGUUCAGAAGAAUACUUGCUGAUAUGAAAGCUAAUUUUUCUCUAUGCUUAAUGAAUAGUAAAAACACUUUCUGAGCUUUGUAAAGGACUUUGGAGGAGGAAAGAAGGAAGAAAGCCUGGAUGCCAGUGUAAUGUUGCUGCCUUCUGCCCCACGUAAGGUCAUUUUCAGAAGUAGGGAGGUCAUAGAGACUGGAUGGGAUCCUCAUUUCCCAGAAUGAAUAGCUUAGGGAGACUACAGUUGCCUUUUCCAGCCUACUGUGUAAGAGCAAUAACAGUUGAAGUGUAUUUCUAGGUCAGCAGUCUUGAGGGUGACCUCGCAAAAUAGGCACUGCAGUGUAGUAAAUGAAAGAUUGAAGAGUCCUACACAUCAGAAGAGUGUGGACAUGUUCAACAGAUUUCUGGAAGAUGCGAAGAAGCUUGGGAUUUGGAAUGAAGGGAUACUGUAGCCUUCUUCAAAAUCACAUGCAAGGAUUUAUGCUUUGGGGGAGGCCAAACUCCUCUUCUUUCCAAUUCCUGAAUAAUGCCUAACUUCAUUGGCCUUUUGUAAUCCUUGAGGAGAGCAAGAUUGAAAAGGGGAAGUUUAAAAUUGUGAAUUUACCACAUGAAGAUUGAGAAAAUCGAUUUGUAAUUUACUGAAUUAGAAAAUUAAAUUUUUUCCUCAAACAAAAUGGAGAUUGAAAGUCAAGUUCAGUUUUUAGGUUGCUAAAUUGUACUUGACAUAUGCUUAUGAACUUUAAAUUUUUUUAUAUAAAAAAUAAAUGGAAUAUGUAUAGAUAGUAAGAAAAAAUAAAAUAUAUGCAUUCAUUAUUGUGAAUGCAACUAAGAGAAGGCAAAUGAUAACUUUGAAGAUCAUUGUUAAAGAUAAGUUCUUCCUUUCUUUGGUAACCUUUGGUACUAAAACAGAACACUGAGAAUGGAUACAUAUUUAAAGAUACCUUUUUAAACAGUUCAAGAAUGGUAACAUAGCAUGUGUUACUUCAAAGCUUUCAAAUGAUCCUUUAAGAAGGCUAAUGUAUUAGGAUAAUUAUCUAGAAGAAUUACUUAUGUUGAAGUUUAAAGAAUAAGUUAGAAGUUUUGGGUAAUGGUGGACUAAGUUAUUCAGACCUGGAAAUAUGUAAAAAGCAUUUAUUUGAAGACAACAGCUAAAAUUUUAUGCAGUGAAAAAUUACAGGGUCCAGAAAAAGAAACCCAGAGAAGUGUGCCUAGCAUCUUAGAUGUUUAUAUCCUAGCAACACCUGCUCAUUCCAGAAGUAUGAUAAAGCCUGAAAAAAAUUAAUAGAGAAUAAAAAUUCAAUUUAGCCUACCAAUGGGAAGUUUCUGGUAAACCUCCAUCCUCAGGCUUUGGAUUAGAACCUCAAUGGACUGUACCCUACCCUAGGAAUAAAGUCAAAGUGGAAAUUGAGCACCCUUUCAGGAACUAUAGCUCUAUUUUGAAUCAUAUGUAUUUUCAACAUACUAAGAUAGUUUGGGAAUACUAAUACCCUAGCCAUCUGUGAAAGUAAAUCCUCUCUGGAGAAAGAUCAAAUCAUUCAGGAUGCUUGAAAUAAUCCUAAAAUUUUGCAAUGUUUCAGGAUAGGUCAAUAUACAAAAAUAAGUUGUAUGUUUAUGUACUAGCAUCAAAUAAUUGCAAAAUGAAAUUUAAACAUACCAUUUAAGAGUAUCUGCUCAACUCUAAAGAUCAAUGGUUUUCUUCUAAUGCUAGCAAUGUAGCUUCUUAAAAGAAUAGCAUUAUUUCCCGGCUCUGUAGGCAGUCACAGUUGACUUGCUGCUGGCUUUGUAAGUGUAUACCUGAACUAGUAUUUGUGGUGAACUUGAAUAAAACGUCAGUGUGUCAUUUUGAUGUACUAUCCUUUGUCUCGAAAAUGUAUAACUGUGCCUUUGACUUCUAACAGGCGGAACAGUUCUCAUUGCUUUCUGAGAAUCUGCUUCCCAGGUUAUAAUCCUCAG